AUGAAGCAAGUGUCAGCAUCGCUGCUCGCCUUGCUCUCCCUUGGGAGCCUCGCUUCCGCUGAUGCGUCCAACAACUACACGGCUCAGCUACUAAGCUCAGGAACUAUCAAGCUUGGAGACUGGCAGGAUGCCUACGACAAGGCAUCGGCCUUUGUGAAAACCUUGUCGACUUCCGACAAGCUGUCUCUCGUUGUUGGAGGAGAAGUCGGCAACUUCACCGGUCUGCAUAUGCUGGACUCGUCCUCGAACCCCCUCGGCUACUACUAUGUCACGAACUGGCCUGCCGGUCUGGCUAUGGUAAUGACCUGGGACAAUGAUGCUAUUCACAAACAGGCGAAGGCGCUCGGUUCCGAGUUCCGUGGCAAGGGCAUCAACCUCGCCUAUGCACCUACUUUGGAGCCACUGGGACGUUCGGCCUGGGGUGGUCGACAAGGCGAGACAUAUGGUCCGGAUUCUUACUUCGCAGGUGCGAUGCGAGGAAGAUUUGUAAAAGGUAUCUCGGAUGCCGGUGUCAUUCCCAGCACCAAGCACUUCAUCAUGAACGAAUAUGAGACGAACCGAGAGGGCACGACAAGUAUGGGAGGCGGCGGCGGCGGACCUGGUGGCGCACCCCCGAACAAGCGCAGGCGUCAGGCCACGAACGGCACCGUAUUGGACAAUUCCACAAGCAGCUCAUCCGAUGCAUACACUGUGCACAUCGACGACAAGGCUUACCAUGAAACAUACCUCGCACCCUUCUACGACACUGUCAAGAACGGCAUGGGUGGAGCGAUGUGCGCCAUGAACCGAGUAAACGGUUUGUACUCCUGCGAAAGUCAGGACCUGCUCGCCAAGUACCUGAAGGUUGAACUUGGCUUCCCCGGCAUCGUCCACGCCGAUAUCAGUGGCCAGAGGACUGCAAUCAACUCUGCUAACGCUGGCAUGGACUACUCCUCUCAAAACACUUGGUCCAACUCAACCCUUGGCGUUGCCGUGAACAAUGGAAGUGUUACCACAGCCAGGCUGGACGAUAUGGCCAUCAGAAACAUGAUGGGGUACUUCCACUUGAACCAGGACCAGGGAUACCCUGACUAUGCUAGCAACACCGACUACGUCGAGGUGCGAAGGAACCACGCCGAGCUUGCCCGAACCUGCGCGGCCAGCUCCGUCGUUCUGUUGACGAACAAGAACAGCGCGCUGCCUCUGAAGUCGAAGCGCUCCAUCAGCAUUUUUGGUUCGCAUGCAGCACCCCGUUACUUCGGUCCCAACACGGAGCUCGAUGUCUACGGUGGUGUCGGGCCCACCAUGCAAGGCCACAUGGCCGUCGUCGGAGGAAGCGGCAUGGGAUCUCUCGCCUACUUGACAACCCCGAUCCAGCUCUUCAAUGAGAGAGCGGCCAAGGAUGGCUUCCAGCUCCGAUGGUGGCUCAACGACACGUCCACCACGUCGUCCUCUGGUGGCGUAGCUGGCAGCGGUACUGAGCUCAAGGAGAGCACUGUUGGAGUUACCGCGAACUCAGAUGCCUGCGUCGUAUUUUUGAACGCUUGGGCCGGAGAAGGUGGUGACCGCUCCGAGCUUACCAACGGUACCACGGAUGCGCUCGUGAACACCGUCGCCGACAACUGCAACAACACCAUCGUGGUGAUCAACACCGUCGGCCCACGCCUCGUCGACGCCUGGAUCGAGCACGACAACGUGACCGGCGUGCUCUACGGCGGCGCGCUCGGUCAGGAGUCCGGCAACGCGCUCGACGACGUCCUCUUCGGCGCCGUCAACCCGUCCGGCCGGCUCGUCCAUACCAUCGCUAAGAACGAGUCCGACUACGACGCCAACACGCGGGUGCAGGAGGACAACCUCGAGCUCGACUUUUCCGAGGGCAACUACAUCGACUACAAGUACUUCGACCAGCAGGCCAUCGAGCCACGCUACGCGUUCGGCUACGGCUUGUCCUACACGACCUUUGAGUACGGCAGCCGCGUCACGGCGCAGCUCAGCAGCGGCGGCAACAAGCGCACGAUGGGCGGGUACUCCACGGGCGCGCGGGCCGUCCGCGGGCGAGAGGACCUCUGGGACAUUGUCGCGACCGUGACCACGACCGUCAUGAACACGGGCGGCGUGGCCGGCGCCGAGGUCGCGCAGCUGUACCUCUCGUUUCCUGACGCGGCCGGCGAGCCCGCGCGCCAGCUGCGCGGCUUCGAGAAGGUCGUUCUCGAGCCCUACAAGACGGCCACGGUGACGUUCGAGCUCAGGAGGCGCGAUCUGAGCGUCUGGGAUACGGCGGCGCAGAACUGGAAGAUGGAGAGUGGGGACUAUGUGUUCCAUGUCGCUGCUAGUAGUCGGGAUUUGAGAGCUAAUGCUACGUUGACGAUACAGAGCGGCGUUUCUUUGUAUGGGGAGUAUGGGUUGGAGUAG